AUGUCCUCCAUUGGAACAGGCUACGACCUCUCGACCUCGACGUACUCGCCCGACGGACGUAUCUUCCAGGUCGAGUACGCGAACAAGGCUGUCGAGAACGCAGGGACAGUGAUCGGCUUGCGGUGCAAGGACGGCAUCGUCCUCGCGGUCGAGAAGCUCGUCACGUCAAAGCUGCUCGUCAAGGGCGCCAACAGGAGGAUUGCGACGGUUGAUUUGCAUGCGGGAGUGGCCACGGCAGGCUUGCUCGCAGACGGACGGCAUUUGGCGGGACGGGCAAGGGACGAGUGCGAGUCGUACCGGGACAACUACAACACCCGCGUGCCCACCAAGAUUCUCGCCGAACGCCUCGGCCUCUACUUCCAAGCCUACACGCUCUACUCCUCCGUCCGUCCGUUCGGCCUCUCGGCCAUCCUCGCAGGCUGGGACUCGCCCAUCGAAAUUGAAGGGACGGACCAGGUCAAGGAGCGGCGGGCGGAGGGCAAGCCGGCGCUGUACAUGAUCGAGCCGAGUGGGACGUUCUGGGGCUACCGAGGAUGCGCGAUCGGCAAGGGCAGGCAGCUGGCAAAGACGGAGAUUGAGAAGCUCGACCUCGACUCGCUGACAGCGGAGGAGGCGCUCGUCGAGGCAGCACGGAUCAUCCACACGGUCCACGACGACGCCAAAGACAAGGACUUCGAGCUCGAGAUGACCUGGAUCUCUCCGCAGAGCGGGUGGCAGCACCAGCUCGUGCCGAAGGAGCUCGCCGAGCAGGCGGAGAAGAAGGCCAAGGAGCUCAUCGACGCUGCGAACGAGAUGGAGGAGUAG